GCGCUGCGGCCCAGACCGCCACACACCGACCAGAACCCGGAACCUGGCCAAGAUGCAACUGAAGCUCCACUACCUCGUCGGACUGAUCGUCCUACUCUGCAGCGCCCUGGUGGGCGCCUUCCCGCAGGGACCCUGCGGCCCUCCGCCCAGCGGCACUCCGCCCAGCGGCACUCCGCCCUCAGGACCCCCGCCCUCGGGCCGUCCACCGGGCGGCCCCUGCGGCCCUCCGCCCUCGACCACCGCCAAGUCCACCGGCUAGGACGCUGACCGGCCCCCAGGAAGCCCACUCCCCCGUCCCAGAUUCCGCAGGCCCGACACGCUGGAACUCCUUUGGCUAAGCUCACCUUUUUUUUUUGUCUCUAGAGGAAAUAAACAUAUGUGUGUAUAAUUGCAA